CACUGCAGUGCUGCUCUUGGUGCUCUAGAAGAAGCCCUAACAUCUGAAAUCCCAUAAUAUCAUGGAUAUCAAUAAAACUGCUCAUCACUGUAACCUGACCACACAGCCCCUGGUAAACGCCAUCAUGCCUCCUGUGCUCAUUAUUGAGCUCCUGCUGGGUCUGCCAGGGAAUCUAAUGGCACUUUGGGUCUUCUGUCACCAUCUUCAGUCCUGGACUCCCAACAUUGUGUAUCUCUUGAACCUGGUCCUGGCAGACUUCCUGCUCCUGGUGAGCUUGCCCUUCCGUAUUGACCAUAUGCUCCGUGGCGAAAACUGGAUAUUUGGAGACGCUUGGUGUCGCAUCAACCACUUCAUGCUUUCAGUUAACAGAUCUGCAAGUAUCGGCUUCAUGACUGCGGUGGCCGUGGAUCGAUACUUUAAAGUAGUCCAUCCACAUCAUAAGGUGAACUUCAUCAGCUUGCGACAAGCUGGGGCCAUUGCUUGCAUCAUCUGGAUUGUGGUGAUCUCACUGCGGCUCCCUCUGUUGACUAAUGUUCUCCUAAGCGAGAAGAACAGUGUAUGUAACAAUACAAUACACUGUAACAAUGUAUCUAUCUGUCGGAGCUUCAACUCCUACAAGGACCCACCAAAGGGCAUCAAGCUACACUAUAUAGUAUAUAUGGCCGAGUACUUCCUCCCUCUUAUGGUCUUAGUUUUCUGCUCAAUUCGAGUCACAUGCAUCUUGCACCAUUGCCAGAUGGACAAAAAGAAGCUGAAGCGAGCUGUUCGCUCAGUCCUGGUUAUAAUUGUGAUCUUUAAUAUCUGCUUUUUACCUGGAAUUGCCACAGGAAUCAGUGGACUCUAUCUACAGAAACUAGGGAAUAAAUACUGUGAUGCCUACAGACUGAACAAUCAACUCUUUGGCUUGUCUAUGGGGUUCACAUACUUAAACAGCACCCUAGAUCCUUUCAUCUACUGCUUCUCUAACUCCUUGUUCAGGAAUGAGAUAAAGAAAUCCAUAAAUUGGUUUGGUCUGGUGGAACUGCGACUUAGCUGCAGUGACAAUGCAGAGAAUAGAUGAGUCAAAUAUUAAACUGCUUGUGUAAAGAACACAGGUUUGGUGCUCCAGCUACAGCUUGGAUUUUUUGACUGAAACUUUAUUUGUGUGAAUGGUAUGAUGAUAGAUGUAAUGCAUUUAGAGAGAAAGUAUAUAUUACAAAAAAUAUAUAUAUAAUGUGUUGUUUUUGCACCGUAAAGUCAUCCCUGGUAUAUAUUUGACACUGCUGCGGCACCAAAGCAUACCCUUCUGUUUGCAGAUCUCAAAAAAAUGCAAUUGGCAACUCUUUAGAUACUGAUAACAUGCAGGUCAGUUUUAAAGACAACAGUUACUAUAUUGCUAAAAGUUUUGGUUCACUCAUCUAAAUCAUUGAAUUUGGGUUCUAAUCACUUUCAUUGCCACAUGUGUAUAAAACCAAGUUCCUAGGGAUGCAGCAUGCUUCUACAAACAUUAGUGAAAGAGUGGGUUGCUCCUAGGAGCUCAGUGAAUUCCAGCAUGGUACCAUUAU